UGAACUUCUUGACAAGGGUCAAAAUGGCGAUGCUUAAGACCUAGAACUGGAUUGUGCGAACUUCGUCUCCUUUUGUUUAGCUCCAUUUCUCUCACCUCAAAGCCAGCUGCCACCGGCGCCACCUGCUCAGAGUGAAAUCAUGAAGGUGGUGAACCUGAAGCAAGCCAUUUUGCAAGCCUGGAAGGAGCGUUGGAGUGACUACCAAUGGGCAAUCAACAUGAAGAAAUUCUUUCCUAAAGGAGCCACCUGGGACAUUCUCAACCUGGCAGAUGCAUUACUGGAGCAGGCCAUGAUUGGACCAUCUCCCAAUCCUCUCAUCUUGUCCUACCUGAAGUAUGCCAUUAGUUCCCAGAUGGUGUCAUACUCUUCUGUCCUCACAGCCAUCAGUAAGUUUGAUGACUUUUCCCGGGACCUGUGUGUCCAGGCUCUGCUGGAUAUCAUGGACAUGUUUUGUGACCGUCUGAGCUGUCACGGCAAGGCUGAGGAGUGCAUCGGACUGUGCCGAGCCCUUCUCAGCGCCCUCCACUGGCUGCUGCGCUGCACGGCAGCCUCUGCAGAGCGGCUCCGGGAGGGGCUGGAGGCCGGCACUCCAGCAGCUGGGGAGAAGCAGCUUGCCAUGUGCCUUCAGCGCCUGGAGAAAACCCUCAGCAGCACCAAGAACCGGGCCCUGCUGCACAUCGCCAAACUAGAGGAGGCCUCAUUGCACACAUCCCAGGGACUUGGGCAGGGUGGCACCCGAGCCAAUCAACCAACAGCCUCCUGGACUGCCAUUGAGCAUUCUCUCUUGAAACUUGGAGAGAUCCUGGCCAAUCUCAGCAACCCCCAGCUCCGGAGCCAGGCUGAGCAGUGCGGCACCCUCAUUAGGAGCAUCCCCACGAUGCUGUCUGUGCAUGCAGAGCAGAUGCACAAGACCGGCUUCCCCACCGUCCACGCCGUGAUCCUGCUCGAGGGCACCAUGAACCUGACAGGCGAGACACAGUCCCUGGUGGAGCAGCUGACGAUGGUGAAGCGCAUGCAGCAUAUCCCCACCCCACUUUUUGUCCUGGAGAUCUGGAAGGCUUGCUUUGUGGGGCUCAUUGAGUCUCCUGAGGGUACAGAGGAGCUCAAGUGGACAGCUUUCACUUUCCUCAAGAUUCCACAGGUUUUGGUGAAGUUGAAGAAAUACUCUCAUGGGGACAAGGACUUCACUGAGGAUGUCAACUGUGCUUUCGAGUUCCUGCUGAAGCUCACACCCUUGUUGGACAAAGCUGACCAGCGCUGCAACUGUGACUGUACAAACUUCCUGCUCCAAGAAUGUGGCAAGCAGGGGCUUCUGUCCGAGGCCAGUGUGAACAACCUUAUGACUAAGCGAAAAGCAGACCGGGAGCAUGCACCCCAGCAGAAAUCGGGAGAGAAUGCCAACAUCCAGCCCAACAUCCAGCUGAUCCUCCGGGCAGAACCCACUGUCACAAACAUCCUCAAGUGUUCUUCAGGACUUGAUUUCCUGUCCUGUCUCCAGACGAUGGAUGCAGACCACUCUAAGUCCCCGGAGGGACUGCUGGGCGUCCUGGGCCACAUGCUAUCUGGGAAGAGUCUGGACUUGCUGCUGGCUGCUGCUGCUGCCACUGGAAAGCUGAAAUCCUUCGCCCGGAAAUUCAUCAAUUUGAAUGAAUUCACAACCUAUGGCAGUGAAGAAAGCACCAAACCGGCCUCUGUCCGGGCCCUGCUGUUUGACAUCUCCUUCCUCAUGCUGUGCCACGUGGCCCAGACCUAUGGUUCAGAGGUGAUUCUGUCCGAGUCGCGCUCAGGAGCUGAGGUGCCCUUCUUCGAGACCUGGAUGCAGACCUGCAUGCCCGAGGAGGGCAAGAUCCUGAACCCUGACCACCCCUGCUUCCGCCCCGACUCCACCAAAGUGGAGUCCCUGGUGGCCCUGCUUAACAACUCCUCGGAGAUGAAGCUGGUGCAGAUGAAGUGGCACGAGGCCUGUCUCAGCAUCUCAGCCGCCAUCUUGGAAAUCCUCAAUGCCUGGGAGAACGGGGUCCUGGCCUUCGAGUCCAUCCAGAAAAUCACUGAUAACAUCAAAGGGAAGGUGUGCAGUCUGGCGGUGUGUGCGGUGGCUUGGCUUGUGGCCCAUGUCCGGAUGCUGGGGCUAGAUGAGCGUGAGAAGUCUCUGCAGAUGAUUCGCCAGCUGGCCGGACCACUGUUUAGUGAGAACACCCUGCAGUUCUACAAUGAAAGGGUGGUGAUCAUGAACUCCAUCCUGGAGCGCAUGUGCGCGGAUGUGCUGCAGCAGACAGCCACGCAGAUCAAGUUUCCCUCCACCGGGGUGGACACGAUGCCCUACUGGAACCUACUGCCCCCCAAGCGGCCCAUCAAGGAGGUGCUGACGGACAUCUUUGCCAAGGUGCUGGAGAAGGGCUGGGUGGACAGCCGCUCCAUCCACAUCUUCGACACCCUGCUGCACAUGGGCGGUGUCUACUGGUUCUGCAACAACCUGAUUAAGGAGCUGCUGAAGGAGACGCGGAAGGAGCACACGCUGCGGGCGGUAGAGCUGCUCUACUCCAUCUUCUGCCUGGACAUGCAGCAAGUGACCCUGGUCCUGCUGGGCCACAUCCUGCCUGGCCUGCUCACUGACUCCUCCAAGUGGCACAGCCUCAUGGACCCCCCGGGCACCGCUCUUGCCAAGCUGGCUGUGUGGUGUGCCCUCAGUUCCUACUCCUCCCACAAGGGACAGGCAUCCACCCGCCAGAAGAAGAGGCACCGCGAAGACAUUGAGGAUUACAUCAGCCUCUUCCCCCUGGAUGAUGUGCAGCCUUCGAAGCUGAUGCGACUGCUGAGCUCCAACGAGGAUGACGCCAACGUCCUUUCGAGCCCCACAGACCGGUCCAUGAGCAGCUCCCUGUCAGCCUCUCAGCUUCACACGGUCAACAUGAGGGACCCUCUGAACCGAGUCCUGGCCAACCUGUUCCUGCUCAUCUCCUCCAUCCUGGGGUCUCGAACCGCCGGCCCUCACACCCAGUUCGUGCAGUGGUUCAUGGAGGAGUGUGUGGACUGCCUGGAGCAGGGCGGCCGAGGCAGUGUCCUGCAGUUCUUGCCCUUCACCACUGUGUCGGAACUGGUGAAGGUGUCAGCCAUGUCCAGCCCCAAGGUGGUUCUCGCCAUCACGGACCUCAGCCUGCCCCUGGGCCGCCAGGUGGCUGCUAAAGCCAUUGCUGCCCUUUGAGGGGCUUGUGGUGGCCGCAGUGGGGGCUGGGGAUGGGCCCAGCCCCAGGCACCUUCAAGGGGAGCAGUGAGGAGAGAUGAGGCGUCGUGGCUCACGUCCCCUCUACAUGGUGCAAGAGCCUCUGCAGCUUCCCGCUCCUGCUCCUGACUCCUGACUCCAGGAUGUCUCCCCGUUUUUUCUUUCGAAAUUUCCUCCAAGUCUGCCGGUACCUGAGGAGCGUGAGCAGCCUGGUCCCUCGGCCCGGCAGUCACCCCUGUGUUCGCUCACCCCAGUCCAGGAGCAGUCUUACCUCUGAGGAACUUUCUAGAUGCAGAGUGUGUAUAUAUGUACAUGUAUAUUUUUUUUUUUGUAAUACAUGAGGGAAGUCUGCCUUUGUUUAUUUGUAAAUAAAGCUCCUCGUGGAUCCCUU